UUGCAAGUCAAAUAAGCCGGCUUCUCAGUUUUACUCCUUUUUACGAGAACACUUGUAUUCGUUCGAAAAGAAAAAAGAAAAGCAAAUGAGUUUAAAAAAGGGAGAAGUUAAUCUUGGAACAUCUAUCAUGGCCGUCGCCUUCAAGGACGGUGUCAUUGUUGGCGCUGAUUCUCGUACCACCACUGGAGCUUACAUUGCGAACCGAGUGACCGAUAAAUUGACCAAAGUUCACGAUCGUAUCUACUGCUGUCGAUCCGGUUCGGCUGCUGAUACCCAGGCAGUAGCUGACAUGGUUCAUUAUUACUUGCAAAUGUACAGUGUUCAAGAAGGACAACCUCCUGCUGUACGUACGGCAGCUGCUUUAUUCCAGGAAUUGUGUUACCAGAACAAGGAUGCACUGAUGGCAGGCAUCAUUGUCGCGGGUUGGGAUGAAAAGAACGGUCCUUCUGUAUACAAUGUACCACUCGGUGGUUCUCUACAUAAACAACCCUUUGCUAUUGGAGGUAAGUGCUCUGAUGUCAAUGUACUGGUGCAAAGACUAAAACGAUACAUGCUUACUCGCUUAGGUUCCGGAUCAACCUAUAUUUACGGUUACUGCGAUUCAAAAUACAGGGAUAACAUGUCAAAGGAAGAAUGUAUUGACUUUGUAAAGAACUCUUUGGCAUUGGCGAUGUCCCGUGAUGGUUCCUCAGGAGGUGUUAUUCGUAUGGCAGUCAUCACCAAGGAAGGCGUUGAAAGAUUAUUCGUACCUGGCGAUCAGUUACCAACACACUGGGAAGGUUAAACGAUACGAGCAGUUGAUAGUUUUUGUAGAUAAAUAGGUCACAUCGGAAGCAAUCGUCUAUAAACAAAAAAGACAUUGAUUUUUUAAGCCUGCAAUACCUCUAUGUUGUAAUCAUUGUCCUUUGACAUCGUCUUUCUCAUU